AAGAAACAAAACAGGAAAGAAAUUGCACGGAUGAUUAGUACUCCCACAGCCAUCUCCUCUGUCGUAUACAUCUCUGCAUUCGAGUCAUAAUCACGGAAGGCACAGUACUCUUCCCACAUUGAUUUCCAUUCAAUUCACCCAGUUUUCGGUGUUAUGGGUUUUAAUGUAGACGUAGAAGCAAGUUCAAGUUUGAGUGGCUACCAAAGCAGCGGUACCGAGUCGCUGCAAGGAGGAGUGGGAAGUCAGCCCCAUCGUUGUCUUGCAGUGCUUUCUGGCCACGAAGGUCACGUCGUCUCACUUGCUCUCGUAAGCGACCAAACGCUCUACAGUGGGUCUGAUCGGGGCGAUAUUCGAGUAUCUCGAUGGCCACCCACCCAGAUCAUGCAAGACUGCGAUGGCUCCCAAUUCGGCCGAGUGGAGGGAAGCGUAAAGGCCAUGGUGGUCGUGGGGCAUAAAAUCUUCACAGCCCACCAGGAUCAGAAGAUCCGCAUGUGGAAGUGCAGCUCAAAGAGAGGAGCAGCCACGGGCCACAAACUUGUUGCUACUCUACCAACUGUAAAAGAUCAUGUGAUGACUUACAUCAUGCCCAAGAGCCAUGUGCAGGUUCGUAGACACAAGACAGCACUCUGGAUCGACCACCAUGACACGAUAUCAGUGCUGGCUCUAGGGAAGGGUGUCCUCUACUCCGGCUCGUGGGACAAGACCAUCAAAGUGUGGCGUCUCGCCGACUUGAAAUGCGUUGAAUCGAUCAGUGCACACAUCGACGCCAUCAAUGCGCUGGCAGCGGACCAAGCGCGGGGGUUUCUCUACAGCGGCUCCGCAGACGGCACAGUGAAAGUGUGGGAGCGGAGCAAAACGCACCUCAUGGGCAAAACGCAUCUCAUUCGCCAUGCCGCUGUCGCGAUCCUGGAGGCCUCCAAGCACCAAUCCGUAAAUGCGCUCGCUCUCACCCCACAAGGCACCACAUGCUACGCGGGGUCGAGCGACAAGUGCAUUGCGGUGUGGGAAAUGGACGACGAAGGCACUGGGAAGCACAUGAAGAACGUUGCCAUGCUGCGAGGACACCGUCUUGCUGUCCUCUGCUUGGCGACGGUGGCAAAUCUCCUUGUGAGUGGCUCCGCAGACAAGACUAUCCGCGUUUGGAAACGCAACGCGGACGGCCUCAGCCACCAAUGCCUAUCUGUGCUCCACGGUCACACCGGCCCGGUGAAGUGCCUGGCCGCUAUGCUCGACUCUGCAAUGGGCACAGGCCUGAUGGUGUACAGCGGCAGCAUGGAUCGAUCGGUCCGAGUCUGGUGGACAUCAUUGAUAGAUCAAGAUGCCGAGAGCGGUACUUCCCCUUCCUCUCCCGACCUCGGAUUCCACACUCCACGCGACAGCCCAUUCCCCCCAUUAUUCCAAGCCGGUUUGGAAUCAGUCCUUCGGAACAGACUGCAGCAGUGCAAUUGAUACCUCAACCAAAAUAAAACAAUACACCGUUCUCUCCAGCAUCGCCGCUGCGAUGAUGCCCUACCAUGCACGAUUUCCUGUAUAGCUCCGCCAACUUCUCAUACCGCUACAGCGAUGGAGCGUGUGUUCUUCAAGUGUAGCAUUAAACCUCCUCGGCACGAUUUUUAUCAAGAGAACAUACCACACGUAUCUGUCUGAAUUUGGAUAUGUAGAAAGAAUCGUCAUGGCACCUUCUCUUUCACUGAUUCUCCGCUAGUUCAAGUUGAGUGCUGCUGCAGCAGCAUCAGUCCGGCGCUUUUUUCCCUCCGCCACUGCCUGAUGCCAAAGCUGAACUGUAUCUCACAAGAAUCUUGAGUGUGUGAAUCCUGUGUACUAAUACUUCUGCCAAGUUUAAACGAAUGCUGUGGUGUUGUGGAGGAUUUAGUUUUCCUUCCUCCCGCACAUCAGCACUCCUUCCCUGCUUGCCGAUAUUGGUCGCGUGGGUCGACUACGAAACUACAACCAGUUGCAAAACACACAUGAAUUUGGUGUGCGUUUCUCAAAAUGAGGUAUGUAGAGUUACACAGUUGUAAACACCUACAUUCACCAUUUUCUUGAGGAAACUUGAUUAGCAAAUAUUCGAGUUCAGGAACAUUAGCUUCACAUAGAUCCCCUAAAUGAUUAUUUUUGCAUCAACCUAGUUGCUGGUUGCAGUAAAACUCACGAUAUUCAUGAUAAAUAGAUAAGAGGUAGCUGUUUCUCACGCUUGUCGAUGGUGUGAAUGCACCAUGAAUUGCAUCAGCCAAUGCACAAUAUUGAGUUGCUUCCUGCCAGGAAUGAAGCAUUCGAGAGUGGAUUCACCACACAAUCGUUCCUCUU